AUGCAUUCAUGCGCGCAGCUGCUCGAUGAGGGCGUGGAUGAAGAAGAAGGUACGGCGACGGAGGAAUCGGUAGAGGUUCCUGCUGUGCUUACCGAUGAUCUCCGUGACAAAAUCGUUCGCCAGGUUGAGUAUUAUUUCAGCGAUGAAAAUCUACCUACAGACAAGUUCAUGUUGACGCAUGUGAAGAAGGAUAAGCAAGGAUUCGUUCCUAUUGUCGUCAUUGCAUCUUUCAGAAAAAUGAAGAGACUUGUUAGGGAUCUCUCUCUGAUAGAGGAAGCACUCAGGACAUCAUCACAGCUUGUUGUUAGUAAGGAUGGGAGAAAAGUGCGAAGAUUACACCCGCUUCCAGUUUCUGAAAUAAAGGAUUCAAAGUUAUGCACUGUUAUAGUGGAAAAUCUGCCUGAUGAUUACUCAACAGAUAAUCUAGAAAAAAUCUUUGCAAAACUUGGCAAGGUUUUGAACAUUACCGUUCACGACCCACAUACUGCAGAAGAUUCAAAACUGAUGAAGAAGACCAAAAAGGCAUUCAGUAGUAAGUUACAUGCUCUUAUUGAGUAUGAGACUACCGAAGCAGCUGCAAAUGCUGUGGCUGCUUUAAAUGAUGAAAAGGAUUGGCGAAGUGGCAUGCGAGUCGAGCUUCUACAUAAAAGAAUGGGGAAGUAUGGGCUCGUCCAAAGAGGUAAGAAGGAAACUUUGCCUGAGAAGGGCACAGAUAAUCAGACAUCAGAGAAGCCUCCAAAUGGGCAGAAGUUGAAAUAUGCUGACCGUCAGGAUGAGAAUGCUGAAAAAGAGGACGAUGAGCAUUUUGCUGGUGGUAAGGGCAAGUGCAGGAGUCGAUACCGAAGCCGAGGAUGGGGCCCGCAAAAUGCAACUGGGCAAGGUCAUGGACAGGUUCCUACUUCUAGCAAUGGUGUGAACAAACCGCCUCCAGGUCCUAGGAUGCCAGAUGGAACAAGGGGUUUCACAAUGGGACGUGGUAAACCUGCCAUUUCUGAACCUAAUCAGCUUGGUGCAUAAAACCCAUAAUGAAUGAACUGAAAUGGCUUGAGGCCUCUCAUUCUCAAGUGUGGCCAGCUAAGACGUGUAUGUUCUUUAUUCAGAUGCACAUGAUGGGCACGUGCUGGAGACAUUAUAAUAUGAGUGUUUGCAAGUGGUAGUAUAAUUUGUGGGGGCAACUCAUCCAUUAUGAAGUGGGCUUUCUGGGUUAGUAGGAUUUGCAUGUGAGGAAGAAUAUGUUUUGUUUCGUGUUUUGUUAGUUGCCCAUUUUGAUUUGUAUAUUGAUUUGUAGUUUUCUCUCGUGAAUUAGAUGACACGCUUGAGAAUGCUUCCCAAAAUUUCAGAUUCCAACAAUUAGCAGGAUUCUCUGUUUGAUGUUUCUCCUGUGUUGAAUUGUCAAUGCCAGUAAACAAAUGUUUCUAUUGGUUUAAACAUGGAGCUUGAUUUUUGAGGAUUGUCA